GAUAUAACUGACUCAUUUUUUCAGACUGAUUGUGUGAACAAAUCAUUGACAUCUAGGGAGCUUCAACUUGUAUUUAUGAUGUUUAAAAGCAAUGAACAGAAAGCUAAGGAGCAGAUGCGACAGAAUGACAGGGAUCUGAACAAAGUGACUCGAGACCUAGACAAGGAAAGGGCAGCCAAUGAUCGUGAACAGAAAAAAUUAGAAAUGGAAAUCAAGAAGGCUGUGAAGGCAAACAAUAAACCAGUAGCAGCGGCAUUGGCCAAGCAGCUGGUGCAGAUGAGGAAGGCCAACGAGAGGACCCUGGCUGCCCAGGGGAGAAUACGUGGAGUGCAGAUGCAACAAAAGAGCAUGGCAGCCAACCAGAAGGUCGCAGACUCCAUGGCUAAAACCACUAAGGUGAUGUCCAAGACAGCUCCGGAUGUUAGGAAGACAGCGCAAACCAUGCAGCAGUUCCAGAAGGAGAACGAGAAGAUGCAGAUGACGGAGGAGAUGAUGGACGACGCGAUGGCACUUGCUCUCUCGGACGACGAAGGAGCAGAAGACGAUGUGGUCAAUGAGGUAUUGGCUGAGAUCGGCAUCGACAUCAACGCCCAGCUUCCACAAAGCAGAGCCAAUGCUCUCCCUGCUACGGGAUCUGCAGAAGCUGACGACGACCUAAUGCGACGCCUCAAUCAGUUAGCCGCACCACCACAAUAGCGAAAUGCAAUUAGAUGUUCUACUCCUCAUUUGCCUUUCAUAUCUUGUUUAUAAAUAUUGUUAAUAAAUUAAUGUCUAUUGGUUAGACGUUCCACGAUCUGUAUUUAACUUUAGUGAAUUUAGAAAUUUCCUUUUGA